AGGGAAGCUGGAACGUAUCAGAACUGUAGAUGUUAAAUUUUUUUAACGAAAUAAUUGACCAGCUAUGUAAUGUAAUUCGGUUUAAAUUCACAAAUAGUUUAAUAAACAUAAAAAGAACUUGACACUUGAAUGUCUUGUAUUUCUGGAUAGUUUUCGCUUGUUGUCAGUUUAUAAAUGGAUGAAUUAAAGGGAGGCUCCCUAAAGAAUGUCGACGAGGCCGAGUUAGGGGAGAAAAGUGUUGUCGAUGAAAUUAAAGAAGAGCAAGAAGAAGAAGAAGAGGACGAGGAGGCCUUGCCCCACUCUGAAUUUCUUGACAUCUUUGAGGAAGGCCUGGCUCUGAUGGUGCAGGACCCUUUACUGUGUGACCUGCCAAUCCAGGUCACACUGGAGGAGGUGAACUCUCAGGUGGCUCUGGAAUACGGUCAAGCCAUGACUGUUCGUGUUUGUAAAGCUGAUGGAGAAGUCAUGCCUAUUGUGGUUGUGCAGUCUGCUACGGUUCUGGAUCUGAAGAAAGCCAUUCGCAGAUAUAUGGAGCUGAAGCAACAGCGAGAGGGGGGUGUCAAACACAUCAGCUGGAAAUAUGUGUGGAGGACAUUUCAUCUGGUCUUCAAUGCAGAAAAAUUAGAAGAUGACAAAAGAAAGCUUAAGGACUAUGGGAUCAGAAACAGAGAUGAAGUGACCUUUUUGAAGAAAUUGAGGAUGAAAUGAACGGAGACAAUUGCAAGUUUUCUUUAAUAGGCCACAUUUGUAAAUAGAUAUUUAAAGGAAUAGUUUGCACAAAAAUAAAAAAUAAAAACCCU